AGACCACGGCAUCAAUAAUAAUUACUAUCCAUUCACCCCCUUACCUUGUAUCCUGGGAAACGCAAUUAUUUUAUGACAUUCAAAUGAAAUGUUAUAUUAUGUAUAUAUUUUUGUAUAACUAAGCCUUUAAAACUAAUUUGAGUCCUUAAACAAACAAAAACAAAAAAAAAUAUGGAAAUAUUUAUGGAAGAAGCUUUCAUAGAGGCCCGAAAAGCUAUAUCAGCCGGUGAAGUUCCUGUGGGUUGUGUAUUCAUUUACAAUAAAGAAAUUAUAGCCAGAGGCAGUAACGAUGUAAAUGCUACCAAAAAUGCAACUCGUCACGCUGAAUUUGUAUGCAUUGAUCAAACAUUAGAGUUUUGUAAAGAAAAAAAACUAAAUUGGAAAAAUGUUUUCCCUGAAGUCAGUGUCGUUGUAACUGUAGAACCUUGUAUUAUGUGCGCAUCGGCAUUAUAUGAACUUGGUGUGAAGGAAAUUAUAUUCGGCUGUGCUAAUGAUCGAUUUGGUGGCAAAACAGUUGUGGAUGUAGAGAGCUUUUAUGGGAAAAAAAUAACAGUUACUGCUGGAAUACGAGCCAACGAAGCAAUGGAACUACUUAAAGAAUUUUAUAAAGGAGAAAAUCCAUCAGCACCUGUUCCAAAAACUAAAAGAUAAUUAUUUAUAUAUACAUUUAUUUUUUUUUACAUAAUGAAAAUAAAUUUAAAAUUUUUAUUAAUUUUUGUUUACUGGAAUAAAAAAUAUGUACAUUUAUUUUUUUUAUAAAAAUAA